AUGCGAGUUGUUCUGUUUGGCGAUGAUGGGGCGAGAACGCUCCUGGAAAAGUUCAAGUACAAUUGCUUUGACGACUCACACUUCACCGACGGUGAUGACUUCGCAUUGAAGGCUUACAUCUUCGAAGAGGAGCUCGUGUACGUGCAGUUAGAAUCACCUUUUGGAACCAUUUCAUCGGACCUGGUCCAACCUCAGAUCCGCACAGUCGACGGCUUCCUCCUCGUCUACUCCAUCGCUUCCCGACCUUCGUUUGAGAGCAUCAGUGCCAUCCACCGGCGCGUCCUGACCGUCAAGGGAACGGACUCCGUGCCAGCCGUCCUCGUCGGCAGCAAGCUCGGCAAGGGGCACGAGAGGCAAGUGCAAGCAGGCGAGGGCGAAGAGCUCUCAAAACGCCUUGGCUGUAGUUUCGUCGAGAUCUCGGCGAAGCACGACAAUGUGGAUGUCGUUUUCGAGCACGUUCUGCGUGCGAUCCGGGCGCACGAAAAGCCGCCCGCUGAAGCUCCCAGGGACGGUUCCGGUCGGAUUCGAUCCAGACUUGCCGCCGGCUGUGGCGUUCGAUGCGUCGUCGCGUAA